AUGAAGGCCUUCACUCUCCUUGCGGCUGCCUCAGUGGCCUCGGCACACACCAUCUUCGUCCAGCUCGAGGCGGAUGGCACAACAUACCCGGUGUCUCACAGCCAUCCGGACCCCGGAACCUACGAUGGCCCCAUCACCGACGUCACCUCGGACGACGUUGCCUGCAACGGCGGCCCCAACCCGACGACCCCGUCUGGCGAGAUCAUCACCGUCACCGCCGGCACCACCGUCAAGGCCGUCUGGAGGCACACUCUCACCUCUGGCCCCGACGACGUGAUGGAUGCGAGCCACAAGGGCCCGACCCUGGCCUACCUCAAGAAGGUCGACGACGCUGUGUCCGACACGCCGGUUCCCCCGGCGGUGCCCAGCUCUACGUAA